AGGACCACGGAGCUUACAAACACACACACACACACACAGGCUCGUCUACACACUGGUGUUCAAGAUGAAAGGCACACACUUCAGCGCUGGUCUCGUUCUCCUCCUCGUCCUCAUCCAGAGCAGCCUGGAGCUGCCGCUACAAGACGACAGGACCAGCUCAGAGACAGACGCGAGUCUUCUGGACGAGAGGAAAGACAUGAUGCGGGCGAGGAGACAUUCAGAGGGAACUUUCUCGAACGACUACAGUAAAUACCUGGAGACACGGCGGGCGCAGGACUUCGUGCAGUGGCUCAUGAACUCCAAGAGGAGCGGCGGACCGGCUCGGCGCCACGCAGACGGCACCUACACCAGUGACGUCAGCUCGUACCUGCAGGACCAGGCGGCGAAAGACUUCAUCACCUGGCUGAAAAGCGGGCAGCCCAAACCAGACAUCCCUGCGCGUGACGAUGCUCGUGUUAUGUUCAUGCUCAGUUGCGUGGAGACGAGGCGCAUGGACACGUUACGCAAGAGGCACGUGGACGGCAGCUUCACCAGCGACGUCAACAAGGUGCUGGACAGCAUGGCCGCCAAGGAGUACCUGCAGUGGGUCAUGAGCUCCCAGUCAUCAGCGAGCGGCAAGCGACACUGAAGCCCCGGAGGAAGAGCGAGUGCUUCCUGUUCCUGGAGUGAACAUUUAGGAUGUUGUUGUUCUUCACCCUGAGAAUCGUCAAAUCACGGCAAAGCCAUAGUCCUUAGCCAGAGCUGAUACAGCACAGGAAAUCAAAAGCCAUAUAUAU